ACCUCCACAUUGUGGGAUCUUCCAUUUGUAACCAUGGUGCUGAAGAUUUUCUUUCCCCAGUGCUGCAACACAGCAGAGAGUGGCCUCCUGGUCGGCCGCUGGAUCCCUGGCCAAGACUCUGCCGUGGUGCUAGCGAUCAUUCACUACCCAUUCAUACCAGCACAGGUGAAGAAAUACUUGAGUCAAAUACAGAACCAGACCCAAGUGGACCUAACUGUGCUUGGUUCCUGGAGCAUUCCUAAAGAAGGUCAGGAGGGAAUGGAGAAUUUCCUUAAGGACCUCAGCACCAUCUUCCCACACAGUCGCUGGCUGCAGUUGAGCCGGGAGUUUGGCAAACGGGCCUUCACUUGCCGCGUGAUCCAGAAAAACGGGAUGACGCCGCCUGAGCAAGACAACGAGGAUGGAGAUGGCAAAAGCGAGAAGGAUAAGAUCAUCUUCAUCCACUAUGACCAGAGGAAGGUGAUGUUGUCCCAGCUUCACCCGCUGCAGGAGGGAGACCAAAACCCCGAAUCCUCGGAGCUGCGCCUGGUCUUCCAGACAGUGGCCAAGAGCCAGCCUCUCUUCUUCUUAGACAAAUAUGACGAAGGGCCCGUAAAACUGACUCACUGGCAGUCUGAGGGUAGGGAGGCCAGCAUCAUCGUAGAACUCCUAAAACAAGCAUCCGUACCCCUCUGUAUGUUUAUGACCUGGCUCCUGUCUAUGUGGCACUGGAUAUGCAGCAUCAGGAUACUGAAUUUGCGUCCAGUGCAGUUCAUCUCUAGCAAGUUGUCCAGCUGUGUCCAGUCAGGGUACAGGACAGGUCAUCUUCAGACGCUGUGCUCUCCAAAAAGAGCCACCACGCACAUGGAAUUCAUGAGAAAGGCAAACAUUUUUGUGUCAUUCCUGGUGGAUUUAGCCCUUGGCUUGCUGCUCAUCUCAUGGCUAUACAGGGAGAAUCGCAUCGGUAAACUGGCCAACACUCUUAUUCCAGUGGCUGACCAUGUGGCUAAAGAGCUUCAGGAGCUGUUGGAGUGGCUGAUGGGAGCUCCUGCUGGACUAAAAAUGAACCGGGCCCUGGACCAGGUGCUGGGCAGAUUCUUCCUCUACCACAUCCAUCUCUGGAUCAGCUACAUCCACCUCAUGUCUCCCUUUAUUGAAAUGAUCCUGUGGUAUGUGGGUCUCUCAGCAUGUUUGGGGUUGACCUUUGCCCUCUCGGUGCUCUCUGACAUCAUAGCUCUCCUGACGUUCCACAUCUACUGUUUCUAUGUGUAUGGCGCCAGACUGUACUGUUUGAAGAUCUACGGGCUCUCUUCCCUGUGGCGUCUCUUCAGGGGAAAGAAGUGGAACGUGUUGCGGCAGAGAGUGGACUCCUGUUCCUAUGACAUGGAUCAGCUGUUUAUUGGCACGUUGCUCUUCACCAUCCUCCUGUUUUUACUGCCCACCACCGCUUUGUAUUACCUCGUCUUUACCCUGCUGCGACUGGUAGUUGUAAUGUUUCAGGGCGUGAUCCACCUGAGCGUGGACCUCAUCAACUCCUUCCCCCUGUUUGCCCUAGGCCUGCGUGUGUGCAGGCCCUACAGACUGGCAGAGGGUGUCAAAUUCAGAGUGCUGUGUGAAGAGCCUGGAGUGCCGCUACACCUGUCAAUGGAGAUCAACCCCCUGAAGUGCAGCUGUGUUGUGCAGUGCUAUAGGACGGCCACCUAUAGCUGCUACCCCAAAGACUCCUGGACAGCCCUGUGCAAGAAGCUGUUUGUUGGGGAACUUAUUUAUCCAUGGAAGCACAAGAGCACCAAGACUGACUGA